CGUAACAAUGGCUUAUUGUAGCAGCAAGGAAAGAAUGUGAUGGAAGGAGCUGCCGUGGGGUGUGGCCAGGUAACAGCAGCCAGCCCUCUACCUGCUCAGGUGGUUUAGCUUUAAAGCAGCUGAAAAGAGAGCUCCCCGGACUAGCACCUGCUGGAGCUCUGUGUGCUGCGUAGGAGCUGAGCAAACGGAAAUAUGUUUUGCUAGACGGAGGAGCUAAGAAACAUCAGGGAAAGCAGAAAUAAGGAUGAAGAAGCAUCACUCCGUGCAGGGAACUUUUAGCCGACUCUUUGGGAAAAAACAUGCCACCAACAAUUCCACCAGUUCUCUCUUUGUCACUAACCCCCCUUGGAUCUUCACACAGGAAGUCAGUUCUGACAGCCUGGCAACCUCAGGUGAAGUGGAUGGCAUUUAUUAUGGGGAUAAUCGCUUUGGGUCAGUGACAGAUUCUGGAACAGCCACACUUAAACCACGUCCAAGAGUUCGCCCUCUGCUCACUUUCUUGCCUCUAAAUGCUCAAGAAGCACAUGGGGUAGCUGUACCAACACCAUCUGUUCCAGAAGGCUUUGAGGACAAGCUGACUAUAGGUUCACAAAUCAAUGGCAGUUAUAGAAAGUACAAUUCAGCACUUGACCUGAGGACAAAGGCAUUUGAGGAGGAUUAUUUGGAUGAUUACAUUCCACCACCACCUUCAAUUCCUCCUCCUCCCCCCCCACCACCUUCAGUUGACUUACCACCAGUUUCAUCUUCUCUGGUAGCUCCACCUCCACCUUCCAUGGUAGUUCCACCUCCACCUCCACCUUCCAUGGUAGCUCCGCCUCCACCUUCUGUGGUAGAUCCACCUCCACCACCAAUGUCUCCUCCACCUCCACCUCCACCACCAAUGCCAGCCCCAUCUCUUUCAUCUCUGGUUCCACCUUCAUUCCCAUAUUCCAAUGUGUCUUCUCCCAGUACUCCAUCCCCACCAGACUUCAUUCCUCCUCCUCCUCCUCUAGAUUUUAUGGAUAGUGCAGUACGUCCUACUCCUUCAGUUUUACCACCAGUUCAUACACAAAUCUUCCCAAAUUGUAUGUCCAAAUGGAAAUCAGAGACUGUUCUAAAUGCUCAUAAUCCUUCCCUUAUCUCUCCAACAACACCUAUUCAGAAGGAGUCACAGUUACCACGAUCCAGCCCAGAGCCUCACCUCACCUUUCCCAAAUCAUUAAAGGUACCCCCUCCUACUCCCAUGAGAACAUCAUCUAUUUCUUCAGGAGAAAAGGAAUCCAGCCCCAAAGAACAGCUUCCUAGAAUGGCACCUGACAGUCACACUCCUCUGUUACCUACUGUACAAUCUGCUACCACAGUUCACCCAGAGGCAGAAACUGGAGCCAAAGCUACCUUGGAAAAACAUUUUGCUUUAGCCAUAGAAUCUGAAACAUCAGAUUCCAAAAGCUGUCCACUGAAAAAAGAACAGAAUUUAUUUUGGUCCACUGAAGAACGAACAGAAUUUUCAUCUCCAGAUCAUGCAUCAUCUGAUGAUGAUGGCUGGAAGGAACGUUGCAAUCUGGAUAAGUUGAAGAACGAACUGUCAACCCUGCUGUCCUCAUCUUGCAGAAGGGAAGACAGACAGAUUGAAAAAACUAUAGUUUCCAAGUCUAAAGGCACAAAUAUUGAUAGCAACAAUGUUACUAUGGACGAAUUAAAACUAGUUAAGCAUGAUGUGAAAAAAACAUGCUUACCAGAAGGAGCAGAGAAUAAGAAAGAAAAGAAACUUGCUAAUAUUUCUUCCCCAGCCAAAGCCUUCACCAAAGAUGGUUUCUCAGCAACAGACAAGUGCCCUACCAUUCAAACAAAUUGUGCUGUGAAAUUUAAAGAGGAGUUGGAAGCUUUAUUGUCUCCAGUCAAGGAGGGAGGCCCACCUUUGGCAAUUGCAAACUUGAGACAUAAUCCAGACACAAGGAAACAAGUUACUCUUCAGUUUGGUGGCAAUAAGGUCAAUAACGGUGAGUUGAAAUUUCCGACAGCAAAACCAUGUAAUACCACAUCGGAACUUACAGAGAAAGAGCCAAAGAUGCCUAGUGCUUCUGUCCAGACCUGCAAACCACCAGUUUCACCUUUAAAACCCAAAAGUGAACACUUGGCUCCAGCUGCAUCUUCCCCUUCCACUUCUGGGACUGCCUUGCCUAUGCAAACUGCUUCUCCCAGCAUGGAUCUCUCUCUUCUUCAAUACAAAACUCAUAGGAUGAGAUUGGGCUCUGAUGACAGCCGUGUCUCUGCAACUUCUUCCCAAACUACACAUGAUGGGCCCAGCAGCCCAAUUAAUACUGAAAAUCAAAGAGAUUCUACUAGGAAUGUGCCCUCAACAACAGACAAACUCUCUAGGAAUGCAGAGCAAGUGAACAGUGAUAUUCUUUUUCAUCCUGUUACAGGAGAAAAAGUAAAGCAAGGCUCUCCAAUGGCUCUUCUUUUGGCUGCACAACUGCGGGCCCAAAGAGUCAAGUGUUCUGCUUCUGCCUCCCCAAAGAAUAGCUAUUUAUCAGAGAGGCCCCAGCUCAAGUUGAACGAUAGCAACCAAUCAGAGAAUGGGUCAUCCACCAUUUAUUACAGCAAUUCAAUGCCCAACACUGUCAAGGUUGUACCAAAUUCGCCACACAAGGACUUAUUGGCAGUCUCUGAAAGUAAGCACUGUAAUGGAGCAAGUGCAUCCUACAGCAAUAUCUGGAGCUUGUCAGGACAAAGUGAGAAUAGGCCACAAAUAUUCUCUGAUGCCUCCAAACAAUGCAGGAGUACAGUGAAGAUCAGGGAGAUGAAUGACUCUCAGAGUCUUUCAUCAAAUAAGUGUGGUUCAUCGAUUUUGGUUCAAAACUUCUCAGAAUCCAAUCACUUGAAGCAGCAAGUUCCACUGAACACAUCAGAAAUUCCCUUUCAUUUUCUCCCUCCAUCCCAAAAUCAUAUUGUCAGAAAUGAUGAGGUAGAAGGAGGAUUCAAUUAUGAAAUAAUUCCUCCACCACCAGAGUUCAGCAAUGAUGCCUCUGAGAUCCUAAAGUGGUCUUCAAAUGGGGAAGAAAACUGCAAAUGUCUCAACCUGUCAUGUGAUACUCAGACCCCAGAUAAGCAACUUAACUUCAACAACUUAAGCUAUAACUAUCGCAACAGUUAUUCUUUGUCAUCUAACUCAGCCCUGGAAAGCAGUCCAAGGCCAAGUGGAUAUAGUCACCAUUACCCAGCUGGUAGCUAUACCUCCAGUUACCUUAGUAGCUGUUCCAAUAGCCGCCCCCUAAUUAAAAAACGCCUUUAUAUAUCAGAGACUGAUGACUUAUAUAGCAGGGCAGCUAUGUCUGCUCGCAGUAUGAGCAUACCUAACUCCUAUAGCUACAAUGCAGUGACCUACAAUUCUCCAGCUGUGGAAGGAGCUCGAGCAAAUUCUACUCAUAGAAAUGUUCCCAGUGGUACACAGGUGCGAAGGGUGUCCUUGGAAAUACCUGGAAAAAUUAUAACUUAUAAUACAACUGUCAAUGAUGUCCAGUAUAAAAGCCAAAAUGGAGAAUAUUCUACCAAUGCAACAGCUGCUGGCAGACCUUUACAUGUGAGUCCACAAUAUGGAACUGUAAAUACAUUUACUGUCAGGCCUGGAACACGACAACCCAUUUCUUAUUCAUACCAAGGGGUUCUUCAUUAAGACACUUCUGUCAGAAGCUCUGCAUCUGCACAUAGCUUGGGCCAAGCUUGUUGGUUACUCAUCCUGGACCUCAUUCUCUUUUCUGUAUUAUACCUCUUCUUUGUAUAGCUCUGUAGGGCCUGUAUCUUUUUGUAAACAGAUUGGUUUUAAGUUAUUCAGAUGAUGUUAAGAAUGAGUCUUUUGAACCUAUCGUGUUACCAAGCUUCCAGGCAGAAUGUAAGAGUAGCUACAUAAGCUUCUUCAUUUUAGGGCACAUUUGACUAAUAGGUCUCUGCUUUGAAUAGAAGGGCAUGGAGUAAAUUGUAACUUACUGGAACCAUCUUCAUGAACAUGCCUGUCAUUCAGGAAAAGCAAACAAAGGAUGAAGAAUGCAACAGAAAGGAGAAGCAGAGAGUCCAAGAUCCAAGAUGAAGAAUGGCAGUUCAACAACCAAUUCAUGGCUACUCUAGAGCAGCCAUGCAUGGCCUAGAAAGCAGGCUGUUAGCUAGAAGGAAAUGGCACAGUUAUGGGAAAGAGAAGGAAGAGUUUGCAAGAAUAAAGGAUGAGCAAUGCAGAAUGGAUCGAAGGGACUAGAGUUUUGUGACAUUUGCAGUUUCAAUAGUGCUGCCACCACCAAAGAAAAUUGACCAGAGCUUUUCUCAGCAUUGCAUCUCCAAGUUGCACCCACUAGUUUUUUGUUUAUCACAUCAUUUUAGAGGCUCCGGAAUCCUGAUUAGAAAAAAGUGAGAAACCCAGGAGCCCUUGUCAAAUAUUCUUAGAGCUUGCAAAAUACUUGAGACUGAACUUCUUCAAACUAAUUUUUUAGACAAAGCCAUUUAGCUUUUGCAUUAUCCACUUACACAAAUAAAAAUCAAAGCAUUCUAAAGACACAGAUAUAAUUCUUGCAGUCCCCUUUAAAGCCAACUACUGAAUUUAAUUUGGGAGGCAUUUUUAAUUAAAAACCAUACAAGAUUUGAAUAAACCAAAGAGCAUAUCUCUGUCAGACUAACCUGGAGAUUCUUCACCAUUGUUGCAUUUAUGUUUUUGUUUUCAAGGAUGCAAUCAUUCUGUCCACAACAUUUUUUUCCUUGUGGUUUCUUAUUUUGGUUUAGGAUUUUUUUAAAAAAUACUUUAUGGAUAUGACAGGUGUUUAAUAGAACAGGUGCUGGCACUUAUACAAAUUAAACCCAAGUAUAUCUCUAAUUAAAGUGAAAGCAGUACAUGUUUAAAGGUCACCUCUGAAAAUGUCAACUAUGUCUGCUUGGAGGUAAAUCUUAUUCAGUGGGAUUUACUUUUAAAUACCUAAGUAGAAGAUAGCAGCUGUAAUCCAUUUUGGCUUUUACUGAUUAUACGUGAAAGUUAUAGUCCCAUUGUCUAUGGAUGUAGCUCUAGGUUUUAGAACUGAGGGAAAAUGUCCUUCCCAAUUUAUUUCUACAGAUUUUGGAAACAAACAAGAAGAUACCCAUUGUUUUUACACACUUAUACAUUACUUUAAAUUAUAAAACAUGGACAGUCAUACUGAUUUUGCCUGGCAGCAGAUCCACUUUGACAAAAAUAUUCUGUCAAAACUACAGUGUAGUUUGAGUUCAGUUUAAAUCAUUUAUUUAGGGAGUUGGUUAUCUGCCCCUUAGGGAUGUUUCCUAGCUAAAGCAAUCAAAUGUUUCCAAACAUUUAAGAACUAUAGUUGUAAGGUGGAGUUUGUUAUACUGUAGUGCUGCAAGCCGUCUUCUGUAUCAUAUUUAUUCAUCCUAUUUACCCAUUACUUUAUUUCUUGCACAUUCUUACAUAUAUGUGUGUGUGUGUGAACCUAGAGUAAAGCCACCUCAAUCCACCUCAAACAGAAGGUAAGGUAAGGUAAGGUAAGGUGGGGUGGGGUGAAAAGAAGUAAAUUGUUAGUUACUUAAUCUAUUUUUUUUCCUUUGAUUUUUUGUUCUGUAUUUUUACUGCCAGGACUGGAAAGAUUUGCUUCCCUGGUUUUCUGCCUCAUGUGUCAGAAGAAUUAGUCUACCACGAUAAGUGUCCAUUUGUUGCUCUGCUUCAGGCAAGGGAACAAUUUGAACUAGCCCUGAUUAUAACCUUUGAUACUAAGAUAAACUAGUUGAAGGAAAUUCCAUGCCCUCUUCUCUAGAAGAUCUAGGAGGCUCCUGACCUGCAACAGGAAGCAGGAGUCUGCCUGCAUGUCCAACUAUGAGAGAUUCUGUUCAGCAACAUCCAGAGUCCAUUCCUGCACUACACUUCAAAAUGUAGAGACAUUAUUUCCAGGAUGCACAUAAAUAGCAUGUUCAGCAGUAUAGUACAAAUGUAUCAUGAAUUUAUCUUAGCUUUUACUUGUAUUAAUCACUCUUAUGAUUAGCUUUGACCAAACUCUGGUUUCAAAGGAAUAAUAAUGGUUAUAGCUCAUUUUGGUAGGAGACAUGAAAGUCACUUAGGAAAACCUAGAAUAAACUACAGCUUUGUAUUCUCAGCAUCUAUCCGAAGUUUGUUAAGCUCAUUUCAGAUGGCAUGUUUGUAAACAAUCACUGAGAUCAGUCACACCAUCAGGCUCUCCGUUUGAUAAACAUUUACUGUGUAUUUUAAAACCAACCAUUAUUUCUCCACCAUUUUUUUAACCAUCUGCUCUUCUCAAAUGCUUUCUGCAUUAUUUUUUUUAUAUGCUGGUGAGUCUGGAGUUCAAAGAGCGGUCGUUCAGCUAAUAAUUGCUCAUUUUAAGCUAGUCAAUAUCUGACUACACAGAAUGUCAGUCGAAGAGGGCUCCUCGUGUCUCAAACUGGUUACCUGCUGAGUGUACAGUUUCAAAGCUUCCAGUAUUUAGUUAAUCAACAAACAUCCUUUCCCUUCCUAGAAGAGGAAAACCCAGAAGUUUCUAAUUUGUCCCAUCCAACAACAAAGACAGUCUAUGUAUUUGUCUACAUAUAUUUGUAUACGUUUGUCUGGUAGGUUUUUCUAAAAAAACAAACUCCUUAUAGAAUUCUUUGAGGUGGGCUCAAAGCAAGCUCAAAUUCCAAAACAAUAGUAUUACUGUAAUAACAAAUGCACUGAGAAGCCUCAACAGCCUUCUGUUCACCAUGGCGCUAUUGCAGAACAAGCAGUUUGAAGGUGGCAUUCUAAAGAACCCAGUGUACUGUCAUGUGCUGUAGAGGAAAGAGCGGAUGGCCUUGAAGGACAGAAGGAAGAACCACUACCAAUGCAAUGGUCAGAUUAAAGGGGGCCUGAGCCCAGGCCAAGAAAGUUACAUGAGUAAAUGGUUCAGAUUAGCCCCUCCCUAGUUCACACGAAGAUAAAGGGAGGAAGGAGGUAGUGCAUUCAGACUUGCAAGAUUCAGUUACUAUAGCUUUACAAUAAAUGUACUGAUCUACAUGGCAUUGGGUUCCUAAACUGGUCUACCUUGAAGGGCUGACAUGUGCUAGGAAAUCCUGACAGUGUUGCAUGACAGCAAACUCUGUGAGAAUAGCAUGUUAGCAAAAUUGCAAGGAUUUUUUUCUCCCUAGCUGGGCUGAAUGAAAGACCAAGUAGGAGUUGGGAGGUAGAGGAAAGGGCAGGCGUUCUUGUACGAUAACAAAUGACUAUAACUUUUUAUAUUAGGCAUUUCAUCUGAUUCUGAAGCAAAGGAAAUAAAAUGCAAACAGGCUUCCUGAGAUGAGGAGUUUGAGGUUUUGGAAAUCUACAUUACAUUAGUAUUGGUCUGCAGAAGAAGGACAUAUGCAGACUAAGAUGCAGGGGAAAACCACAUCUGAAAGCAGGCUACUGAAGGAUUUGCCAAAAUGCAAUGAAAAAACUGUAAUGAAAAUGUAAACAUUUUAAAACUACAGGAGCCUAAAGCGCUUUGAAAUAAGCAUAUCAAAAGCACUAUUUUCCCCCUACUUGCAUAUCUAUAUGUAGUUCAUUAAAGCUCUAGUAUAAGCUCUAUGCAUGUGUGGACAUAAGUACAAUUUAUAUAUACAUCACUUUUAAGUUAAGACCUAUGUUAUGCAUAUGAACUAGUUACUUGGCAAUACGUGUAUCUGCUUGUAAAAAGUCAUAGUUUGUUUAGUUGUCAUUUUCUGUAUCAAUGGCCUAUGAAAUCCAAUUCUCUCUUUCCACUAGUAUUAAGUGAAACAAAAUAAAUUCCAGACUGCUCUAAUGCAGACACAGGAUACCU